GCUGCGAAGGCGCCGGGCGAGCCAAGGGUGAGGAGCUCUCCCCGCCGCCUUCAGCCCUGAGGGUCAGCGUGGCCGGAGGGUCCUGCUGGCCCUGUCCCCGUCCUGAGCGACAAGGACAGACCCCGCCGGCGGUGACAGCUCCGGAGCCACCCGGCCUUUUGUCUGCCAGCCGAGCCAGAUGUGCGGGCAGCUGUGGCGGGGGGCGGCAGGCGGUGACAGCGGCGCCGGGGGACGCGGACAGACGCGGAGGGAAUGACCUCGAGGAGAAGCCCGGAAGAUGCAGCCAAGCACAGGAACGACUCCUUUGGGGAGGAAGAAGAGGCCCAGCUCUGACUGAGGCACCCCCAGCACUUUGAGCUCCCCUUUUUGGGGGCGCCAGGCAGGGGCCGACCCUUCCAGGGGCUCGCAUGGAGCAUCUCCCCCGACGGGCGCCGUCCCCACCUCGCCAUCACCGCCGUCCCCCCGUCGUGGCCAGCUCUGGAUGCUCCCUGUGACCUCCCGCAGCCCAAAAUGAGAGGCCUCCAGCCCAGCUGCCUCCUGCUGUGCGUGGUGGCUGCCAGCGCCAUGCCCACGGUGCCCUGGCGGGUGGCGUGUCCCCCGCGCUGCGUGUGCCAGAUCCGGCCCUGGUACACGCCCCGCUCCGCCUACCGCGAGGCGGCCACGGUGGACUGCAACGACCUCUUCAUCACCUCGGUGCCCCCGGAGCUGCCCGAGGGCACCCAGACCCUGCUGCUGCAGAGCAACAACAUCGCCAGGCUGGAGCAGGGCGAGCUGGGCUACCUGCGGAACCUGUCCGAGCUGGAUCUGUCGCAGAACAGCUUCUCCGACGUCUGGGAUUUCGGGCUCAGGAAUAUGCCCCAGCUGCUCAGCCUGCACCUGGAGGAGAAUCAGCUCUCUGACCUGCCCGACAGCAGCUUCCCGGGCUUGGGGAACCUUCAGGAGCUCUACCUGAACCACAACCGGCUCCGCAGCAUCGCCCCCCGCGCCUUCGCCGGCCUGGGCAGCCUCCUGCGGCUCCACCUCAACUCCAACCUGCUGAGGACGCUGGACAGCCGCUGGUUCCAGAUGCUGCCCAGCCUGGAGAUCCUCAUGGUCGGGGGGAACAAGGUGGACGCCAUCCUGGACAUGAAUUUCCGGCCCCUGGGCAACCUGCGGAGUUUGGUGCUGGCCGGGAUGCAGCUGCGGGAGAUCUCGGAUUACGCCCUGGAAGGGCUGAGGAGCCUGGAGAGCCUGUCCUUCUACGACAACAAGCUGGCAGACGUCCCCAAGAGGGCUCUGCAGCAGGUGCCCGGCCUGAAAUUCCUGGAUCUGAACAAGAACCCGCUGCAGAGGGUCAAGCAGAGCGACUUCACCAACAUGCUGCACCUCAAGGAGCUGGGCCUCAACAACAUGGACGAGCUGGUGUCCAUCGACCAGUUCGCCCUCAUCAACCUCCCCGAACUGACCAAGCUGGACGUCACCAACAACCCCAAGCUGUCCUUCAUCCACCCCAAGGCCUUCCAGCACCUUCCACAGCUGGAGACGCUGAUGCUCAACAACAACGCCCUAAGUGCCUUGCACCGGCAGACGGUGGAGUCGCUGCCCAACCUGCAGGAGAUCAGCAUCCACGGCAACCCGCUGCGCUGCGACUGCGUCAUCCGCUGGGUCAACAGCACCCGGCCCCGCGUGCGCUUCAUCGAGCCCCAGUCCACGCUCUGCGCCGAGCCCCCCGACCUCCAGCGCCGCCACAUCCGCGACGUCCCUUUCCGGGAGAUGACGGAGCAGUGCCUGCCGCUCAUCUCCGCCCGCAGCAUCCCGGCGCGCCUGGAGGCCGAGGUGGGUGACAACGUGGCCCUGCACUGCCGGGCGCUGGCAGAGCCGGAGCCGGAGAUUUACUGGGUGACGCCGGCCGGGGCGAAGCUGCUGCCGUUCGGGGACGACGGGAAGUUCAAGGUGCACUCGGAGGGGACGCUGGAGAUCCGCGGGAUCGCGGCGCGCGAGGCCGGGCUCUACACGUGCGUGGCUCACAACCUGCUGGGCGCCGACACCCGCGGCGUCCGCGUGCUGGUCAACCGCUCCUUCCCGCUGGGCCAGGCCGAGCUGGAGCUGCUGGUGGUGGAUGUGCAGCCCCACCAUGUCCUGCUGGCCUGGCGGCCGUGCCUCAACGCCGUCUCCUCCAACCUCACCUGGGCCAGCUCGGCGCCGGGCUCGGUGCUGGGCUCGGCGCGGAUCCCGGCGGGCACCCACAGCUUCAACGUCACCCGGCUGCGCCCCGACACCGAGUACCGGGCGUGUCUGCACGUCACCUUGGUGGCAUCGCCGCUCAGGGUGGCCUGUGUGAGCGCCAGGACUAAAGAGGCCAGGCAGGGCAUGCCGUGGGGACAGGGGACGCUGGUGACGGCGCUGCUGCUGUGCCUGCUGCUGCUGGGGGUGGCGGUGAGCAGCGGAUCCCGGCGGGAAUCGCUCCGUGGCGUCGCCGGGGCUGUGCGCGUGGUUUAUCCCGUGCAGCCCCGGGGACACCUCCUGGCCGUGGAGGUGCAGGCAGCACCCCUGGAGUGCUGA